AUGGCCAGAGAACCAGAGAAAGGUUUGUCUUUGAUUGGAUUCGUUCUCAUCUGCCUUAAAAUGAUUGUUUCAGCCAAAACAGCUCCUGAAAUACCUACUAUUGAUCAGGCAUAUUCAAAAAUCAGCAACAGUAUCACUGUAGAAUGGGCUACAGUGCCGGGGGCCACCAGUUACCUGCUCACGGCUGCAGACGGAGACACCGUCAUUGAAACCAUGGUGGCCAAUUCCCCGGGCACUGUGACGGGCCUGAAGGCUGCAACCUUGUACCAAAUCACCAUCAGAUCCAUCAGUGCGGCCGGGAGAAGCCAGGCAUCGCCUCCAAAGCAGGCAAAGACAGUGUUGGCUGCACCAAUUCUAGAAGUAAGCUCUCCAAGUCCAGAGUCAAUCCUUGUGCAGUGGGAAGCUGUGUAUAUGGCAACUGGAUUUUCCGUGUCCAUUAUGCAAGCCAAUGGCUUGGGUAGAAUUUGGAAAGAGAAUACCACGAACACUUCCUUGACCUUCAGCAAUUUAGACGCGGGGACUCUCUACACCGUGAAGGCGUAUGCAUGGAAUGCAAAUGGAAUCCCAGGGGAUGACUCCACCUGCAAUCAGAGGACAAGUCCUCAUGCCCCUGCCGACAUCCAAGUCUCUUUUGACAGUGGGGCUCUAAAGGCAUCUGUUUCCUGGACACCGACAGAAGGAGCUUUCAACUAUACCGUGAUGGCGCUGAGUGGCCCUUCCGAGCUUAGCUGUAGCACCAGUGUCAGCUCCUGCAGCGUCUCUUCCCUGCAGUGUGGAACUGAGUACCUGAUUUCCGUGUUAGCAAGUAAUGACGCCGGGUUUAGCAAGUCCUCCUCAGCAGUAAGGCUAAAGACGGUUGCUUGUGCACCUGCAAGAGUGACAGUCCAAGAAGAUCCCCCCGGCCAUCUGUCUGUGGCUUGGUCCAGUGUUGAUCUGGGUGAUUACUAUGUGGCUUUUGUAAAGAGUGAUGACGGCUUGGAAGUACACUGCAACACAUCCCUCACCCUGUGCCACUUCCUGUCUGAGUGUGGUUUCACCUAUUUUAUUAGUGUUUUUGCCUAUAACAAGGCAGGACAAAGUCCUUUGGGUGAUGUAUUCAAUUAUACCACAGCUCCCUGUUGUCCCAGCGACAUUAACCCCGUGUUGGUGUCUAGUGACAGAGUGGAGAUCGUCUGGUCUCCUGUCCGCGGUGCCGAACUCUAUGAAACCAAAGCUAUAGCCGGGUACAGUGUGGUGGAGUGCAAUGACACUGCUCCUGCUUGCACGCUCUCGGCUCUGGAGUGUGACACCAAGUACAAUGUCACGGUGUAUUCAUUCAGCGAAGUCCGCGGCAGCAAUAUGUCAUGCACUUCCCGCCUUAUCACUACAGCUCCUUGCAGCCCUGAGAUAGAAAAUAUUUCAAAGGACGCAUUCUCCACAAUUCACGUGCGCUGGCGAGCCGCUAAUGAUGAUGCCGUUUACACGGUGACUGCGCAGGGGGAGAAGGGGCUGUACCGCUGCAGCAGCAAGGGGGCGGCCUGCGCCAUGGGGGGCCUGCCCUGCGGCUCAGUGUUCUCCGUCACCGCGGUGGCUGAAACAGAGGUAGGACGGAGCCUGCCCAGCUACAGUGUGCCCCUGGAAACAGUGCCAUGCUGCCCAGCUGGUCUAACAAUAACUCAGGUCACCCAGUCGGUAAUCAACGUGAGCUGGACUUUUGAGACAGUGGCCCAAACCUAUAUGACAGUUCUGGAGUCACACACGGGACAGUCUAAGUGUCACACCCAUCAGAGUCACUGCCUCCUGGGAUGUAUCACGUGUGGGAUCAACUACACAGUGGCAUUAAAAGCAAUUAGUGCCUCUGGGUUGACUUCAGACUGCGCCUACCAAAGCUAUUUCUCUAGUGCCUGCUGCCCUUUGGGGGUGAAAUUAUACAGGUUGGGCCCUAAUGGCAUCCGGAUCCACUGGCAAGUCUCCAGAGGCUCUGCCAAUUACAGCACCGACCUCUAUGGCUCCAAAGGCAUCUUCACGUGUGCCCCAAGGGCUGGUCUCAGUUUCUGUGAUGUCACCGAGAUACCUUGUGGGGACGUAUAUACAGUGAUGGUUUCACCUGUUGCCGAAACAGGACUGAAGCUUACCUUCUGUCCAAAAAAAAUAUACUCAGUAACCUGCUCUGGCAGUACACUUGGAAUGGUGAUUUACAGAGGGAAGAGCAAUGCAAAAUGACACAGCAAGCCCUAAACUUAUCUCAAUUAUUAGUGAGUAGAGAUGGAAAACAUCCAUUAGAAUAUAAAAAUCUCUCUAAGAUAGCAAAGAUCCCUUUGUCCUUGAGGAAAAUAACUGACUCUCGCUUCGGAGUACAAGAUCAGGUGUGUCAUCAGCUGCCAAGGAGUUCGACCUCAGCUGCAGAGAAGACUCUAGAGAAAUGGACCCAGAGAGUCCUCUAGAAGAAAGCGCACUGUCAGAGUUCUGGAAGCAGAAAAACUCUGUUUAGCAGAAAUUCUGAGAUUUCACAUCCAGAAACACUAUAGACUUCAGCACAUCCACACCGUGAGUGUUUAACACCAGCAUUUACCGUGCUACCCACUAGCCAUUCAAGGCUGAAGAAGUCAAGCCAGCCACAGGAGGGCAGCGCUCAGCCUGAGACACACCUCUGCCAGGACUUCAGCUUAGGUCAGAUAGCCGAGGCUAUCAGAGCAACCUGUGGUAACAAAUACCCAUUCAUUGCAAGUUAAGGCCAAAGCUGAGCUGCCUGCAGGGUUCGUAGAGCCAAAGUGUCACAUGAUCUGACAUCUAAGGGAGUGUCUGGGAAAGCUUUGCUAGGAUUGCAGUUGUGCUGAGUGAGCAAAAAUGUCAGAUGGAGGAACAGCCAAAGGAGGCGCCUUGAGUUGUGACAGACUGACACAGACAUAUCUUUAGGCGGGGAGGGACAUGAAUCUUGUUGGCUGUAUCCACACUUCCCCACUUCCGUUUACUGCUUUUUUCAUCU